GCGAGUUUAACAUAAUAUCUUCCACAUAUAUAUAUGGUCGUUGUUAUUUUAUGCGAUAGUUUCCAGGCGUGUGUACGUCAAUAUAUGAUUUACAACUCAUCUGCUGACAUUUCGGCAGCUCUUAUAAUCAAAAAGAAGCGGAAUUAAAAGCCCGGCGGUGCCGGGGGAAUGUUUUUAACGUGACACAAGGUUUAUAAGGGGUGAAAGCUGAAGGGGAACAUGGCAGCUGGCAUCAGUGCUAUACAUGGGUUAUUAAGCAGUAAAACCUCGCUGUAUCCCGCUCUUCACAAACAGAUUUCACCCAGCUGUGUUCGUAUUAAAAGAGCGGCUGGUAUACAGAGUGUGAGAGCGGCAACCAGCGCGACAGCAGACUCACAAAUCAAUGAAAAGUACUGCCUGGAUCUGGUGAGGUCCAGAGACUAUGACGGCUUCGUGUCCUCCCUCCUCCUGCCAGAGGAGGCGCGGCGCUCCUCUUUGGCUCUGAGAGCCUUUAAUGUGGAGCUGGCACAGGUGAAGGACUCUGUUUCCCAGAAGACCAUUGGUUUGAUGCGAAUGCAGUUCUGGAAGACGGCCAUAGAAGAAAUCUACAGAGACGAGCCUCCGAACCAGCCGGUCAGCGCCGAGCUGUGGCGGGCGGUGAGGAAACAUUACCUGACCAAGAGAUGGCUGCUGAGGAUCAUAACGGAGAGAGAGAAGGAUCUGGAUGACCGAGCCUACAGAAACCUGCAGGAGCUGGAGAAGUAUGCAGAGAACACACAGUCAUCUUUAAUAUACCUGCUGCUGGAGUGUUUAGGGUUGAAAAACGUCCAUGCAGACCACGCAGCGAGUCACAUCGGUAAAGCUCAGGGAAUCGUGACGUGUCUGAGAGCGACUCCUUAUCACAGCAGCCGACGGAAAGUCUACCUACCCAUGGACAUCUGCAUGCUGCACGGAGCGUCUCAGGAGGACUUCAUCCGUGGCAGCCGGGAGCAGAACGUCCGCGACGUGGUGUACGACAUCGCCAGUCAGGCUCACGUACACCUGCAGCACGCGCGGUCGUUUAGCAACAACGUCCCGGCAGCGGCCAAUCUGGCCUUCCUCCAGACGGUGGUGUUGGAGGACUACCUGCACCGAGUGAGGCGGGCAGAUUUUGACGUUUUCCACCCGAGUCUGAAGAACCGAAACCCCCUGGUCCCCAUCCAGCUGUACAUCCGCUCCUGGAGGAAGAGCUACUGACUUCCUCUUCGCCCAGAGACUUCUCCUCUCUGGGGGAUUCUGCCCGGAAAAACCGCACUGUGGUGGCUCCACAAACACCCC